AUGGCGGAGGCGGCUUUGGACGCUGUGCGGAGGGAGUUACGAGAAUUCCCGGCUGCGGCAAGGGAGCUCAGCGUGCCUCUUGCUGUUCCCCACCUGGACGAGCCCCCCAGCCCCCUCCACUUCUACCGGGACUGGGUCUGCCCCAACAGGCCCUGCAUCAUCCGAAAUGCCCUGCAGCACUGGCCAGCCCUCCGGAAGUGGUCCCUCCCCUACCUCAGAGCCACCGUGGGCUCCACAGAGGUGAGUGUGGCAGUGACCCCAGAUGGCUACGCGGAUGCCGUGCGAGGGGACCGCUUUGUGAUGCCUGCUGAGCGCCGUCUGCCCCUGAGCCAUGUGCUGGACGUCCUGGAGGGCCGAGCCCAACACCCUGGGGUUCUCUACGUGCAGAAGCAGUGCUCCAACCUGCCCACCGAGCUGCCCCAGCUGCUGCCUGAUGUGGAACCCCACGUGCCCUGGGCCUCUGAGGCGCUGGUGCAUAAGGACCAUUAUGAGAACCUCUACUGUGUGGUCUCAGGAGAGAAGCACUUCCUGCUGCAUCCACCCAGUGACCGGCCCUUCAUCCCCUAUGGACCCCUGGCCCCCGUGCCCCUGCACUCGGAACACGAGGGAGUGAACUGUACACACAGGCAACCUAUCAGCUAA